UACGCUUUCUCUAGCAAGAAGUUAGUUCCUGCUCUUCCCUGGCCGUUUCCUGUAAUCGUACAGUGUUGUGAGACGGAGAAAGCCAUGUGUGUCGAUGCAAAGCUUUUUCCUUAAAAGUUGAGAAGAAUUGGACAACAAAUAUAUAGCUUCCACCUCGGAGUCUUUUUAACAUUGUGCCCGUCUCCCUGAGUGGAGUGGGCAAGAUGGCAGAUCCCAUUAUGGACCUUUUUGAGGACACGCCCCUGUUUAACCUGGAUGCCCUGCCAGAUGACUCCUUCUCUCAGGGUUCCUCAGACCCUGUGGAAGAAGCUCUGAAGCUUGCUUUAGGCCAGGUGGAUCCACCAGCUGAGCCAGAGUCCACCCCUGAACUCAUGGUCAACACAAGCCUUGGUGUUCCUGUAGCAACUCCUGCCAUCCCAGACCCUGGCCUUGUUCAAGUUGCCUCGCAGCAGCUGGUGCCAGUGGUGACUGCUCAGACUGUUUCUGUAGCUGCUGCUCCUACCGUGACUCCAGCUCCUGCUCCCACCCCUGCUGAUAUCGUACCUCAGAUACAAGCCCAGACUACCAUACCCAUUGUCAGCAACACCAGUGGAGCGACCAGUAGCACUGUCUUGCUGAGCUCACCUCUGACUGUUUCUAGUCCUCCGGCUACCACUACCACAGUCACCACACAGCAGCUUGCACAAAUAACUCACCAGCUCACUCCCCAACAGUUGGCUGCUAUCACACAGCAAGCUGGUGGUAAAAUUGUCAUUCUCAAAGGACCCCAGGGUCAAGCCCAGGUGCUGCAGACUGUAUCAGGAACCACACCACAGACAAGUGGAAAGGUCAUCCGUGUGUUGUCAGGCACUCCACUUAAACCUGGAAUGUCCAUUCUGCAGGGGGGGACAGUCUUGAAUCAGGCAAGCCCAGGACAAACCCAAGUCAAGUUGGGAACUGCAGGAGUACAAAGGCUGCUGCAGUCCCCCAAUGGGCCAGUGAAACAGGUGUUGCUUACAUCCAUGCCUCAACAGCUACAGCAAACACAAGGCCAGUCAGUUCAGGUGCAGAUUCCAGCCCAGGCGCAGAUUGCUCAGGGCCAGACUACAGUCCAAGUCCAACCCCAGGCCCAGGCUGCCCAGAUACAACCCCAAGGCCAAGGUGCUCAGAUCCAGGUCCAGACGCAGGGUCAGGUGCAGCUCCAGCCAGCCAUGCAGACCCAGUCACAGGGGGGUGAAGCAAAACGCAUCACCCUGGUUCUUCAACAACCCUCUCAGACUGGCUCUGUGACGCCAGCUGGUCAAGCCAUUACAACUCAACAGCAGGUUACGCAGGUCCAGCAAGUUCAGACGGCACAAGGGGGCCAACAGCAGCAAGCACAGGUCCCUGCUAGACUAGUGCUGGGUCAGCUCCCUGGUGGCAAGCUGGUACUCCAGGGAAGCCAGCUUGCAGCCCUAACCCAGGCUCGGGCUGCAGGCCAGGCUGGAGGACAGCCCAAAGUCCUCACAAUUCAGCUGCAAGUGCAACAACAGCCCAACCAGCAAGGAGGAGUCAAGUACCAGCUGGUGUCAGGAGCUGGCAACACCGGCAGCCCUCAAGUGUUGCAAAUAUCCCAGGGCCAAGGAGGACAGAGAGUCGCUGUACCUCUCAAAAUGCUCCUACAGACACAGACGAGUUCAGCCUCAUCUUCUGGCGGUGCAGUCUCUGUGGUGAAGGUCAUCAACUCUUCGACUGCAGGUCCUUCUACUACAACCACCACUCCAUCCCAGGCCAUUCGCAUUACCAAGGCUCCUGGUGAGUCUGCAUCUGUGCGACGUGUGGAGAUUCUUUGUAAGCAGGAGAAGGCAAACCGUAUCGUGGCUGAAGCCAUUGCACGGGCCAAAGCGCGCGGUGAGAAGAACCUGCCCAGAGUCCUUAACCAGGAUGAGCUUCCAAGCACACAGACCUCUCCAGAACUGGGAGGUACUCUGACUGUUGUGUCUGCUGCAAAGAAAAAAAGCAGUGGAGGAUCAAGCAAAAAGAAGAGUCCUGUAUCUGGUGGACCGGUACCAAAAAUUGCAGUCGGGGCUGACAAAAAGGGCAAAGUGAAGGUACCAGGAGGAACAACUGUGGUGGGCGGAGGUGCAGUAAUAUCUGUGCCUGGGAACAAGAGCAAAAGCAAGACUAAAGCAAACACUAUUACUUUAGUGGGAGCAAAGAAAAGAAAGAGAAAUGCAUCCUCGGACCACUCUGAUGGGGAGCUGAGCCCUCCCUCACCUGCAGCACUGGAGGAUGACAUGAUUACGAAGAGGCGUUCCAGUCGUGUGGUGAAGAGGAAGAAGUACACCGAAGACCUGGAUAUCAAAAUAACAGAUGACGAGGACGAGCAGGAAGAUGUCGAUGUCACUACGACUGCAGCGGCUGUGGCCUCCAUCAGUGGAGGGGCGGCAGCGCAGCUGAAGCAGGAAGUAGAACUUGAUGGUGAUGGACUGCCCAGUAUGCAGUUCUUUGUGGAAAAUCCAAGUGAGGAAGAUGCUGCCAUUGUAGACAAAGUGCUGUCUAUGAGGAUAACCAAGAAGGAGGUGUCUCCAGGCCAGUAUACCACUGUUGAGGAAUUCUUUGUAAAAUACAAGAACUAUUCGUACUUGCACUGUGAGUGGGCCAGUUUGGAUCAGCUAGAGAAGGACAAGAGGAUCCAUCAAAAGAUCAAGAGGUUCAAGACCAAGCAUGCGCAGAUGAGACACUUGUUCCAGGAGGAUGAAGAACCAUUUAACCCUGACUAUGUGGAGGUGGACAGGAUCCUUGAUGUGUCCCACAGUGUGGACAAGGACAAUGGCGAGCCUGUUAUCUACUACCUGGUGAAGUGGUGCUCUCUGCCGUAUGAGGACGCCACUUGGGAGCUAAAAGAGGACGUUGAUGAGGGCAAAGUUGAGGAGUUCGGCAAAAUCCAAAACCGACAACCUCGUCUGAAGAGAAUGGUGAGACCUCAAGCUAAUUCAUGGAAAAAGUUGGAGGAGACCAGAGAGUACAAGAAUGGCAACACACUGAGAGAGUAUCAACUGGAAGGAGUCAACUGGCUUCUCUUCAACUGGUAUAACAGGCAGAACUGCAUCCUGGCAGACGAGAUGGGUCUGGGGAAGACCAUCCAGUCCAUCGUGCUUCUGUCAGAGGUGUAUGCUGCUGGUGUCCAAGGCCCGUUCCUGGUCAUCGCUCCCUUGUCCACCAUCACCAACUGGGAGAGGGAGUUUUUUUCCUGGACCCACAUGAAUGCCAUUGUCUACCACGGCAGCCUGGCGAGCCGACAGAUGAUCCAGCAGUAUGAGAUGUACUGCAAAGAUGACAAGGGACAUCUGAUCCCGGGUGCGUAUAAGUUUGAUGCCCUCAUCACAACUUUUGAGAUGGUGUUGUCCGACUGUCCGGAGCUGAGGGAGAUCGCCUGGCGUUGUGUAAUCAUCGACGAGGCUCACCGCCUUAAAAAUCGCAACUGUAAGCUGUUGGACAGCUUGAAGAUGCUUGACCUUGAACACAAAGUGCUGUUGACCGGCACUCCUCUUCAGAACACUGUGGAGGAACUCUUCAGUCUGCUUCAUUUCCUGGAGCCGGCUCAGUUUCCCUCUGAAAUUGAAUUUCUCAGAGACUUUGGAGACCUCAAAACAGAGGAACAGGUUCAGAAACUGCAGGCAAUAUUAAAACCCAUGAUGUUGCGAAGGCUCAAGGAGGAUGUGGAGAAGAACUUGGCACCCAAACAGGAGACCAUCAUUGAGGUUGAGUUGACUGAUGUCCAGAAGAAGUACUACAGGGCCAUUCUGGAGAGGAACUUUAGUUUCCUGAGUUUGGGGGCAAACAGUAACAGCAAUGUUCCCAACCUGCUCAACACAAUGAUGGAGCUCCGCAAGUGCUGCAACCACCCCUACCUCAUCAACGGUGCAGAAGAGAAGAUCGUAGCGGAGUUGCGGGAGGUGUAUGACCCCCUAGCCCCGGACUUUCAUUUGCAGGCCUUAGUUCGGUCGGCCGGAAAACUGGUGCUUCUGGACAAGUUGCUGCCUCGUCUCAAGGCUGGUGGCCACAAAGUGCUCAUCUUCUCUCAGAUGGUGCGCUGUUUAGAUAUUCUGGAGGACUACCUCAUCAACAAGAGAUACCUUUAUGAGCGAAUUGAUGGCAGAGUGCGUGGAAACUUGCGACAAGCUGCCAUUGAUCGCUUCAGCAAACCUGACUCAGAUCGCUUUGUCUUCCUGCUGUGUACUCGUGCUGGCGGCCUUGGUAUAAACCUGACCGCUGCAGACACCUGUAUCAUUUUUGACUCAGACUGGAACCCUCAGAAUGACCUGCAGGCCCAAGCUCGGUGUCAUCGUAUUGGCCAGUCGAAGGCGGUCAAGGUCUACCGACUCAUCACCAGAAAUUCCUAUGAGAGGGAGAUGCUGGACAAAGCAAGUCUAAAACUUGGUCUGGACCGUGCGGUCCUGCAAAGCAUGAGUGGCAACAAAGACAGUAAUGUCAAUGGGAUCCAGCAAUUCUCCAAGAAAGAGAUAGAGGAUCUUCUAAGGAAAGGAGCUUACGCUGCCAUCAUGGAUGAGAAUGAUGAAGGUAGUCGAUUCUGCGAGGAGGAUAUUGACCAGAUCCUUCAGCGAAGAGCAACCACCAUCACGAUUGAGAGUGAGGGCAAGGGUUCCACGUUCUCCAAAGCCAGCUUUGUGGCCUCUGAAAACCGCAGUGACAUCGCCCUCGAUGACCCCGAAUUCUGGCAGAAGUGGGCUAAGAAAGCCGACAUAGACGUGGAUUCCAUGAAUCAGAAGAACACUCUUGUGAUUGACACACCGAGAAUUCGUAAGCAGACACGACAGUACUCCAGUUUACGCGGUGAAGGUGGAGACUUGUCUGACCUAGACAGCGAUGAUGAGUAUCCACCUGCAAAUUCUAGACAUUCACGGGCUUCUCGCCGCUCUGAUCGCCACAGCGGAGGGGGUUACGGUCGCACCGACUGUUUCCGGGUAGAGAAACACCUGCUUGUUUAUGGGUGGGGACGAUGGAGGGAUAUCUUGUCCCAUGCCAGGUGUAAGAGGCGUCUAAGUGAACGUGACGUAGAGACCAUCUGCCGUGUCAUCCUAGUUUUUUGUCUGCUCCACUAUCGCGGAGAUGAGAACAUAAAGAGUUUCAUCUGGGAGCUCAUCACACCACCAGAGAAUGGCCGCGAACCACAAACACUACUAAACCACUCUGGCCUGUCUAUCCCUGUUCCAAGAGGCAGGAAGGGUAAGAGGGUGAAGGCCCAGAGUACAUUUGAUGUUCAGAAGGUGGAGUGGAUCCGCAAGUACAAUCCUGACACUCUGUUGCUUGAUGACAGCUACCGCAAACACCUCAAGCACCAGUGCAACAAGGUGUUGCUGAGAGUGCGUAUGCUCUACUAUCUGAAACAGGAAGUGAUAGGUGAACAUGCUGAUUCUGUCCUAAAAGGGGCUGACAUCAGGGAUGUUGAUAUCUGGAUGCCAGAGAUGGAGCAGCAGGAGGUGCCUGCAGCAUGGUGGGACUCUGACGCCGAUCGUUCACUUCUUGCUGGUGUAUUCAAACAUGGUUAUGAGAUGUACACCACCAUGCGAGCUGAUCCAUGCCUCUGCUUCAUAGAGAGAGUUGGUCGGCCUGAUGACAAGGCCAUUGAUGCUGAGCAGCACACCGGUGAUGCUGAGCUGGGAGAUGACGCUGACUAUGAUAAGUACUCAGAGGAUCCGGAGUUCAAGCCAGCUUCAAGACACACCAAAGAUCUUUUUGAUGAGCCUGAUUCUAUGAACGUGGACGAUGAAAUUUCUGUGGAAGACAAAGCGGGACCAGUGAUCACAGAGAGUGUAACUAGCCAAAGUGGUGCAUGCGAUUGGCCCUCCAGCUCAUCACUAACUGCACGGAUGCGGCGGCUGAUCACAGCUUACCAGCGCAGCUACAGACAGGAGCAGCUAAAGAUUGAAGCCGAGGCUAAGGGGGACCGCAGACGCAGACGGUGCGAACAGGCCAGCAAACUGAAGGAAAUUGCGCGGCAGCAACGACAACAAAGGUGGACACGUAGAGAAGAGUGUGAUUUCUACCGUGUGGUAUCAACGUUUGGAGUGGAGAGGAUGAAAAAGGAGCCAGGUCUUCCAGAGAGUGGUGAACCUGAGUUUGACUGGACACGUUUCCGUACUUUUGCUCGUCUGGAUAAAAAAACCGAUGAAAGCCUCAGUCGAUACUUCCGCUCCUUUGUUGCCAUGUGUCGCAGAGUGUGCCACCUCCGGCCUGGUCGCGAUGAAGAUCCAUCAGAGCUUUCUCAAACUGUGGCCCCCAUCACUGAGGAACGUGCAUCGCGUACCCUUUAUCGCAUCAGCCUCUUGCGUCGCCUUCGUGAACGAGUCCUCCCCCACCCCUCCCUUGAGGAGCGUCUAGCUCUGGCACCAUCCAGCUCUGAGCUGCCUGCUUGGUGGAUUAUACCAGACCACGAUCGUCAUCUAAUGCUCGGCGCUGCUCUGCAUGGCGUCAGCCGCACUGAGCUCUCAAUCUUCUCAGACCCACAGUUCACUUUUAAUACUGCCCGUGAAGAGUUCAUCCAGAACCAGCAAGCCCCACCCCUUCCUCCUCCACCACCUCCACCUCAAGUGCCACCCAUCAUGACACUCGGCCAGCCCAAGUUGGAGGUGGAUGUACCUGGAGUGAAGGGGGAGGAAACAGAUGAAAGUGCCCGGUUGCUUGGGGCUGAAAUCAGCGCCGAGCUGCAGAGUACGCCAUUGAGUCACCAUAGCAGCAAAGUGCGAGUUCAGGGCUGGAGCUUCAAGAGGAGCAAGGAAAGGGGAGAAAGAACAGGGGGAGAAAGGAAGGGGGAGGGUGGGUCUGAUUCGGAUUCAGAUUCGGAUUCAGGCUCAUCAUCUUCGGAGCGAUCAGGUGGCAGUGAUGACAGCGGAGAGAGUGAGGAAGAGGUGGAAAGAGGAGGAAUGAAGGUGGGGGACGUGGAUGAAGAUAACAGCCUACUCUCCAUGACUCUGUCUCAGGAUGGCAUUCCUCCUCCAGAUCCUCUCAGAGUUGACUGGCCCAAGGACCGUGUGUUGAUCAACCGCCUGGAUAAUUUGUGUACCCUUGUGCUGAGUGGUCAGUGGCCCUCAGGACGGCGUUACGUGCCUGAAGCGGCACUCAACCCUCCGAGCUCGGAGCUGGUGAGUGAUGAGAUGGCCUACACGAGGGUGAUCCGGAAACCCAGCAGCACACCUACUGGCCUUGGUGCAGAUGGAGAAGAUGGAGAGUUUACAGUGAAACUCCUCAAGGAGGAGGGCCUGAAGUUGACUUUCUCUAAGCAAGCCCUGAUGCCCAACGGGUCAGGAGGAGAGAGCAGUGGUCGCAAAAAGCGCAAGGACCAAGAGCUGUCAGACCUAGACGGAUUCCAUGAUGCAUUGGAACGUACUCCUCGACGAAGGGACCCUCCCACAUGGUUGAAGGAAAACCCUGAUUAUGAGGUGGAGGGAGACAUGCUGGAGCUUCUUGUGAACAGGAGCAAGAGGAAGAGGAGAAGGAGGGCAGAUAAAGCCCUCACAGGGACUGAAAAGGUCAAAAUCAUUAACAUGAGGACGGGAAAGAAGGUUGGAGCUGCUUUCUGUCCAAUACUACAAGACCUGAGGGAGUAUCUGGAGGAGAAUCCCGAUAAUGCAGUGGCACCUGAGUGGUCAGAAAGCGUUCGAAACUCAGGCUUUCUGCCUGAGCCCUUCUUCCACCGACUGCUCACCGAGCACUCUGAGAUCCCGAAGAAAAGCCGCCGCCGUCAUCACCACCACCAUCAUCAUUACCACGCUCCUGAUCCCACGCCUGAAGAUCCCAACCUGGACGGAGUUGAGGAGGAGACUUUGGUGUCAGAUGGAGCCUACAUGAUGGAUGAGGAGGACCUGGAAACCUCCCAUCACUUCCUCACUAGCCCAGACUUUGACAUUAAGAUGGAGGGAGCUGAUAGUCUUUCUCAAGGCGACAGCUCAGAUGACAGCUCAGAUCAAGAAGCCCUAUUGGACGAUGUCAUUAUAGCACAGAAGGACUCAGACUCCUCAUCAAGCUCAGAGGACUGACUGAUCCCCACUCCCCAAACACGUCUAAUUUAGUCCCCAGUCAAAAACAAAUCAUAUUAUUCCUCAACCAUUUAGUUUUACCAUCAUGUAACAAAUUAUUGAUGAAUUUUUGCUUUUUGCUACUUUUAUUCUUUAUUUUAUUUAGGAUUUUUUUUCCAUUUAAGGAGCAGGUUUGCACCAAUCAAUUGUUUUUUCUAUCACAGUUCUGUUGUCAUUUUUAUUUCUUUGAUCUUCCUCUCAAACCUCUGAGAAAAUGGCAAAAAGCUGAGCUUUCUUUCUGGUCCACUCAUCAUUGUCCUCCUCUUCCAUCCAAACCUACAACUUCCCAUCACAUUCCCAAUCGUGACCAAAAGGGGACCCUUGCUGUACAGAAACUUUUCAUAUCUAAAAACCUCAAAGCUGGUCCUCUAGCGCUACAUGUAACUGGACACGUGUACUGAGCAGAGCCAGAUCCCACAAUCCUCCAAUCUCGUUUGGUCAUCUUUUUUCCCAGAUGAGUCUGUGAACUAAAGGGGAUCCAGGUUGUGGAUGUACUGUUAGUGUUUUCACUCAAUGGGAGGGGUGGGGGUUAGGAGGGAGGGACAGGGGAAAGUGGCAUAUUAGUUACUGAAGCAGUGGUAGGAGGAUGGGGUGUACUGUACAAUGUAGAGCUGGUCAGUUGUGUACUAUGGUGCAAAGACAACAGUGAGUUACUAUUCUUGUUUUAUGACCUGACUGUAUGUGUGAUAUGAAUAACAGCAAACUACAGUGAAAGAAAAUGUGUGUGUAUUAUUGUGGCUUUUUAAAGACCAAGAGUAAUAAUACACAGGAUUAGGUCCUUUUCUAACCCAUUUUAAUAAAUGUCUAGAUUACAUCAUGUCUGGAUGCAUAAGAGCUUAAAUAAUCACAAUUUUUAAGCUCCUCAGAUCCAUUAAAUAUACUGUUGACAUGCAGCAAGCGCCUGCUACCUGGAAACUUCAAGAUUUGGGACACAUGAUAAAAUCUGCCAUUAAAAACUUCUUGUUAGUGGAAUGAUGAAAGCCCUGACUGGAAGUAAAAUGGUCUCAUGUUGUCCUCUUUAAAUAUUCUUCCACUAUUAUGAUUAGUUGACUAGGAGAACAGUCAUAAGAAAAAUAGAUUUACAAAGCUGGUACCUCACUUUUUUCCCUACAUGUAAAAAUUAGUAUCAAAUCAGCUGGUCCCUGGAUGAGACUCCAUUGUUCUCCCACAGCAAAAACUCUAACUGGGAUUAUUCUACACAAUUGUUUAAGAUUCUAAGCAUUAGGAAACAAUUUCUAUUGACUAUUGAGUACUCUUCAAAUUAGUAAAUGUGAUUGGUUUUCAUUGUGUGCUAAAUUAAGAUGCUUCCAUGUGUUCUCUGUUCCUAUUGUCCCUCAUUCUUGAGGAUAUUGCAGUCCAUUAAAUGGACACCCCUCAGGGGGGAGCACAAAGCUGGACUGUGGCUACAGAGGAAGGGUUCUGUGGGAUUUACCUAAUUAAUGUUAAAACAUUUUCCCCAUUGUUUAAAAUGACAAUCAGAAAAACUUCUUAUGAAAAUGUGUUAAUAUUAGAUAAUGGUAUAUUAUUUAAAAAAUUAUGUUUACUAUUAGAAAAAAAAUCGGAUCCUAGUGGGUGAGUUUAAUUUUAUGUUUUUGUCUUUAAGUCAGUCAGGCAUAACUCAAUCCAGUCAUUUUACAGAUAUACACAGAGGAGAAGGGAGGUGGUGUUUUAAAAGACUUUAAAAUGCCAGUCUAUUAAAAAUACCAUCUU